AUGAGCAGAUUCGUUGCACCACUGUACGUCACACCUGCCACGGAGAAGGGCAUCAGAUGCUUCCAUGUUCUCAACCAGAAACAAUUGGAAAUCUUGGUCAACGAAAAGACAAAGUAUGCGAUCAAAGGCGAUACGGAUACGGAAAAUGUCAAGUUGAUCAAGGAGAAGACCCGCAACAUUGUGACGAAAUGGUUCUCGCAGAUACAAAUCACCGAACCAGAGUAUAUAUUGGUCCUUGGUCCAGCUGAAACCCUCAUGGAACGGCUGAGAAAGACAAUGGCACCAUGGAUCGUGAGCUCCUCGAUUGAUGCCUAUUCCACUUGGACAACCAUGCCUCGAGAUGAGACGGAAAACAGACUUAAGCACGUAGUUCGCACGAGCAUCACCUUCUGCACCUUUUCCUCUGGGAGUAGUAACACAAGUGAGAUGGCCAGACGUGACGGGGAAGCUUCCGAGACGGAGCGUAUAACAGACAGUGAGAUCAUGAGCAUGGACGAACCUCAUGUCUUUGGUAUCCUUUCCAUUGUUCCAAAAGACAAUACAAAAGAUAUGAGAAAUACAGAUCACAAGAUUGUUGUCCCUGAUGAAAUAUCAGAGGAAAAAUCAUCAUCUGAUGCACAUCCCGGGGAAAUGCGGGAACUCUCGAAGGACGAGGAAUCUAUCCAACUGUUGGAUGCCUACAUGAGAGGGCUCCGCAUUCAUGGCCAAAAGGACUCAAGAGGAAUCUCAACGCAGGAUAGUUCUAUGAUAAUGAAACCACAUGUCAGCACUAACGAAGAGAACAACAGUGCUUGCCUUUUCUGCAGCUGCAGAAAAGGCAGGGACACUCCAGAACCGAGAUUGAUGCUCCACUCCGCUAAAUUGCAAGAGCUCAAGCGGGAAGGGAAGAAAUUCGUGGCACCACUGUACGUCACACCUGCCAUGGAGAAGGGCAUCAGAUACUUCCAUGUUCUCAACCAGAAACAAUUGGAAAUCUUGGUCAACGAAAAGACAAAGUAUGCGAUCAAAGGCGACACGGAUACGGAAAAUGUCAAGUUGAUCAAGGAGAAGACCCGCAACAUUGUGACGAAAUGGUUCUCGCAGAUACAAAUCACCGAACCAGAGUAUAUAUUGGUCCUUGGUCCAGCUGAAACCCUCAUGGAACGGCUGAGAAAGACAAUGGCACCAUGGAUCGUGAGCUCCUCGAUUGAUGCCUAUUCCACUUGGACAACCAUGCCUCGAGAUGAGACGGAAAACAGACUUAAGCACGUAGUUCGCACGAGCAUCACCUUCUGCACCUUUUCCUCUGGGAGUAGUAACACGAGUGAGAUGGCCAGACGUGACGGGGAAGCUUCCGCGACGGAGCGUAUAACAGACAGUGAGAUCAUGAGCAUGGACGAACCUCAUACAAAAGAUAUGAGAAAUACAGAUCACAAGAUUGUUGUCCCUGAUGAAAUAUCAGAGGAAAAAUCAUCAUCUGAUGCACAUCCCGGGGAAAUGCGGGAACUCUCGAAGGACGAGGAAUCUAUCCAACUGUUGGAUGCCUACAUGAGAGGGCUCCGCAUUCAUGGCCAAAAGGACUCAAGAGGAAUCUCAACGCAGGAUAGUUCUAUGAUAAUGAAACCACAUGUCAGCACUAACGAAGAGAACAGCUGCAGAAAAGGCAGGGACACUCCAGAACCGAGAUUGAUGCUCCACUCCGCUAAAUUGCAAGAGCUCAAGCGGGAAGGGAAGAAGUUCGAUCAUAUCUUUGUUUUCGGGGUUCAUGCUCUUGGCCGGGCUGGGGAUAGCCUCUGGAUUGAUGACGUAUACGAUGUACACUUAGGGCAUGUUGAUGGACAUUUUUGGAUAUUCACCAUGGACGAUAAACUUCCGGGAAACGCGGAUAAAUUGCUCAGCACUUCCUCUCGAAAGAAAGUUGGGAGAGCGACUGAGGAAAUAAAACAAGGGAGGGGAUUAACAUGGAUCCAUCAAGCUCAAGAAUACAUUAAGAGAACUUACCCUGACUGGGAAAACGACAAAACAACUCGCCUGGUUCCACCAGUGGAAGAUAAACGCGAAUGGGUCAAGGUAUCCAAAACUCCUGGAGAAAACUCCAAGAGGCAGCUCAUUCUUCGCCUGUAUCAGUUAGGACAGAGAAACAAAUUGCCAAUGUUCAUCACGUACAACCGGAACUUUGUCCAUCUCAUCGAGAAGGGGGAUGCGGAAAAAAAUGAGGGCAUCCUGGAACGAGGAGUUCAGGAUAUCGUCUUGAUACACUGCACUUUAGGAGCUAUUUUCAUUCAAGUGAAAAAUCUGGACACCAAAGAGACAGAGAAGAAUCGCGGCGAAGCAGUGGCGAGGAACAUUAAAGCCGCAGUGGCGAGGAACAUUAAAACAGCCAGAGAGCAGCUUCAGAAGGAUGUCCGCAGCCUGAAAACCGCCAUGAGAAAAAGCGGCCUGGAAGACGCAAAGAAGUUUCUCUGCAUACGAGUAAUUGCUCUACCGAACGUGAAGAGAUGCGAAAUCAAAGACUCGUCUCCCAAAGACUUGUCACCCAGUGAUCACCCCGUGUUCUUGUGCGAAGAAGAGUACCAGUCAGCAGUAGCACUUGAGCGGUGGUGGCAGAAACGCAUCCUCCCUCCCAAUCAUCAAGAAAGAUCCACCGUCAAUUCCAAGGUUUAUCUCCAACUUCUGGCAAUAUACAUCGCUCCCGUGUACGCACUUCCGGCCUAUGCUGCCCGAAGGACAAAAACGAAGCUGAACUUAUUCACCAAAGACAAGUUGGGCAUGUUGGUGAACGGUCCGAGAAAGUUUGUGCUGAAAGGAGCGGCCGGAACUGGGAAAACAUGGUUACUUCAGGAAAAAAUUCGGGCUAUCGUUGGAUCUUGGUUCUCUCUUGGACCAAUCGAGGACAAGGAUGAAAAGGUCCUUCUUGUCUGUUGGCAUCGCCUUCUGGUCGAUCACUUUAGAGAGAACCUUUUCGACCUCCUGCUUGAGUCAGCAAUGGCUGUACUCGGCAAAUGGGUUGACAGUAACGACGAGAAGGAGAAACGACGGGUCCGGGAUAUUCUAUAUAAGAAUAUUAUCAUCUGCCACUUGGGUGUCGGUAUGAGAGAAAUAGGGUCUCUCGCCAUGGAAGCAAAUAAUGCAAAAGAAGAACCAGGACCAAGACACGACGGGUCAGGAAGCGAUAAAAUCCGGGAAGCGAAUCUCGCAACAAGGAUUGUAUAUGCAAGUUGGGAGGCAUUCCUAUUCUACGAGCUCCUUCGAAGCGCAGUGGCUGCCCCUCGACCAGGAGAGGAUGAGAGAUGGCAGCAGAAAACGAAGGAAAUCGGAAGUCUCUUCCUGGACUUCACGCCAUCGACUGCGGCCUUGAACGUCUUGGCUGACAAAGUCGGAGUCAUGACGUCAAAAGAAGGCCUCGAUUUCCAGCUCAUCAACAGAGGAAGUGUGAGUCGAUCGAUGCUGGGAAUCAGCAGAAGGUUAUUCGAAUGCUUAGCCCUUGUGAAGGAACUGCUUUCAGCUAAACAGUAUGGCGUUUUGGAGGAGGAGGCAAGUUCAUCCAUGGAGGACGUAAGAACGAUCUUCCAGACCGAAAAGCCUCCUUUUCAUCACAUAUUUGUGGACGAAGCAGAAGAUCUUUGCUCUAAUUUUGAAGAUCACUGGUCGAAUUCUUUCCGUUCGCUUUACGAAGGUACAGGAUUCUUCUGGCAGGCCUAUGACCCCCUUUCCCUGAGAGAGAUUCCAGUAGCGUUGAAAGAGGAAGUGGAAGCGGCACACACGCUAUACGAAGUUAUGAGAAACCCAAGAUACGUGAUGGAGACGUGGGCUAGAGACAAGACGCUCUGGAGCGAAUGGGACUCGACCCGUUCCGGUUCCCAUCACCCGAAGUAUGCAAGAGAAGAAAUCCGGUUGGGGCACGAUGUCAUGGGCCCCAAAGUGGAAAAGUUCCACGUCUCCAGUCGAAUUCUUGAUGAAAAAAUCCAGGGAAUACUAAAAGACAAGUUUGGAUGCGGGGCAUACGUCGAAGAUAUCGCCAUCCUCUUCGUCGCUCAAAAAGAUUUUCACGUUCACGGAGAACGGCUGAGGAGAGAAAUAGGGGAGAGACUCCAGAAAUCUUUCAACACCGCCUGCGUUGUCGUCGAUGAAGCCGAUUCCUUCAAGGGCCUGGAGGCCGCCAUAGUGUUCUUGAUCAUCAACAAAAGAGAAAAGAGAGGGAUUAGUUUCUACUUGGGAGCAUCUCGAUGCACCUCCCACCUCAUCCAGCUCGUCUUGGAAACCAGCGAAGAAGAAGACGCUGCUGCAGAACUGGAACUCGCCAAGUUCAUUCGCCAAACGUUUCUCCAUAAAGUAAGAGAGAAAGAUAAAGACGCACUUGAAGUAGAAUGUCGCCGAUUGCAUUUCAAGGAAUAGCCGGAAGCGGAACCCGGACGGCCAUGGAGUUACAACGAACGCCUUCACAACAUGCUCUGCAAGUGGUCCGUGUGAUUCUGGAUGUGCGGAGACCCUGGGAUGCCGAAGCCCAUUUCUCUCCAUCAGACCAUGUCAUCUUUGUCUCUUUCCAUGCUGGUCGGCGGAAGAAUCGAGCAAGUGUGCUCGACCUCCAACUGGUCUCCCGACAAGUUCAUCCCUCCCGCCAAAAUUUUGCCGUCGUGGCUCCCUUCAUGAAAUAUGAUUUCACUUUGUCUCCCGGUUCCAUGAUCACGAGAAAUACUUUCAAUUAUGUGCAUUUCGGAAGCUGCAAUAUCAACUUUUUUUUACUGACGUGAUAUUUUGCUCAAAUCCGUUGCUUGCCCUCCAUAGGAAACGGAGAACUCCAUCACAAACGUUCGUGUCUCCUCCCUUAACAAAUUAAUGAUAUUCAAUGAAAAUUAGUGUCAUUCUACGUGAAAAUAAGACAAUAAAUAUGAUUACUUCUU